AAGUACAGCCCACGUGAACAAAAGGUUGACCUAUUGUGUUCAUUCUUAUAUUUUCAAUGAAUUAUUAUUUAAUGAUUAUUUUUACCAAAAAAUUGUGACAGAAACAUAUAUAUAUUUAUAAUUUUGUGGUUUUUGCAGUCUGAUUUAUAUAUUCAGGCACGUUUAUUAUUUUCGUAAUAUUUGGUUUAUAGGUUAUGUCAGUAGCAUAGUACGCUGAUCUUAGCUUGUUCACUACGAACUCUUUUCUGAUUUGUAGAAUGAACCAUAUAUUGUAUCUUUGAGCAUACAUAUUUCACACUAUUAUUGGUUAGUACUUAAGUAAACCAGUGACAAUGGAAGUGCAAGCGCUGCUCAGCAAUGUUGAAAUAAUUGAUGCAGAAGUGUUCAAGUAUGAGAUGAAUGAAUUUUAUGCUGGAGCGAGCUGUUUGCCAACUGCGGCUUGCAACAAUACCACUGCAUUGCCAGAGGAUGAGCAGGAAGUUGAACUGGAUGAAGUAAUCUCCAAACAGGACAUUGUGAAAGUGGAUCGGGAACCGUCACUUCUGCUGUACGUUAAACCAGACAGAACCAGAAAAGCCAAUCGGAGGAAAUGUUCCCUGACUUCUUGUGCAUGCCAGAAAAGUUUUGCGACUCCGAAGUUGCAGGAAGCAAUGGCAUACAGUUCUGCAGAGUCUCCAUCGAAAAGGUUAACCACAUCCCUGAGGUCUGUAAAAAAACUUAAACUGGUGAACAAAGUUGCAGAAAAAUUUAAGAUUGCUGAUCCCAAGGAAAUAAGGGAAGACAUUCUAAAUGUUUCUAAAGACGGAGUGGAAGUCCAGGAAUUGCUUGUUGAGAAUGAGAAAGAUAGUGGAGUGGAAAAUAAAUUUGUUGAUGAUGGGAGCGUAUGGGGCUGCAGGGAAACGGCAGAGACUUCUGAUGAUGGUGGUGGCAAUAGUCGGAGUUCAUAUUUUGAACCAGAUAGUGAUUACAAUAAAACAGGAAACAAGGGACAUUUAAAACCGGAUGGUGGUGGAGUUAAUGAUAAUCUAGAAGAAGAUAAAAAUGUAGUGAAAUAUAAUGAAUGUAUAAAGGAAAGCAAGAACCAUAUUUGUGAAAUUUGUGCAGCAGCAUUCAUGCAAAGAAGCCACCUUGCCACGCACAUGCGUAGACACAACACAGAAAGACGCUUCAAGUGUCAUGAGUGUGGCAGUUUCUUCAAAACAAAGUCGAGCGUCUACUUCCACAUGAAGUGUCAUUUGGAAGCGCCAUUCGUGUGCAAAAUCUGCUCCAAGGAGUACCCUGAGCGGAAGAAACUGAUGAGGCAUGUACGGAUCAUCCAUGCCUCUUUGGACCUUUAUCCAUGCAAGAAGUGUGGCAAGACAUUCAAAACACGCCAGAAAUACGAGUUGCAUCUCACCCUCCACACCGGACUGAAGCCAUUUGCGUGUGACCUCUGCCAGAAGACGUUCGUGUACAAGAGCACUUAUGUGCAGCACAUGCACUCCCAUGAACUACACAAGGCAUUCAAGUGCGACUUAUGUCCAAAGGAGUACGCUAUCUGUGCUGAUUUUAAAAAGCACUACCGCAAUCACUCUGAGAACCGGCCAUUCCAGUGUCCUUUUUGCACCAAGUCAUUCACGCUAAAGAGCACUCUCAAGAACCACGUGAGGACGCAUGAGCCGGAGAAGCCGUUUAAGUGCAAACUCUGCGAGAAGAGCUUCAUGAAGAAGGAGUCUUACGAGUGCCACAUGAUGGUCCACAAGGGAGAGAAGCCCAAGUACCUUUGUGACCAGUGCUCCAUGUCCUACUACAACAUCUUUGCGUUGAAACGUCAUUACGUGAAGCACACGGGCGAGCGGAAGUUCUCCUGCACUGUUUGUAGCCGGGCCUUUUGGAUGAAAGACGCUCUCAAUGUGCACAUGCGAGUCCAUAGCAGUGUGAAGCUGUUCCCAUGCAGCCAGUGCCCCAAAACAUUUUCACACAAACACACGCUCGAGUCCCACUUGAGGACGCACCAAAACACUGUCCCGAACGUGUGCCCGUUUUGCCAAAAAACUUUUGUACACAAAGCUUAUUUCUGUAGGCAUGUUCAACUUCACGAAAAUAAAGGUAGCUGAUAAUUUUUUAAUUUAUCUGCAAAUAGGUCAUAAA